AUCCACUCAUACUAUAAAAAAUGAUGCUGAAAUUAUCGAGGAAAUUAAUUAUCAAACUGCUAUAAGUACAGGUUAUGAAUUUCACAUACAAGAAAAUGUAUUGAAUAACGAGGACAAUUUUUUGAAUUUGCAAGACCAAACUGUUGCCAAAAAUGAUUAUAAUGAUAUUAAUGAUUUAAGGAUAGAGAACAGUAAAGGAUUAAACUUAGACACGCAAAUGAGCGAGUUGCAAAGUGUAUUGAUAAUGAUGGCUAUUAAUUCAAACACUAUUGAAAAUGACGAAAAACCUAUCAAUCAGACUAACAAAGAAAGUGUUAUGGAAUCGAAAGAUUUGGUGCUAGUGUCAAAAUCUAUUAACAAGGAGGUAAAGCCGGAUUUCUCAAUAUUACUCCAAUCAAAAUAUUUUUAACAAGCCGUUUGGAGCUGAUAGUGAAGAAAUAUAUCGGGAAAUGGCGAAACUGCGUAAAAAAACGAAAAGAAUACGUGAUGCAGCAAAGACAAGAGGCGAUAAAAAGAUUUUUCGAAAAACUGGAGACAAAGAAGUCGGAGAAAAAUCAAAAUGAAGAAACGAAAUCGAAGAUGCUGGCGAGGGACUACAGCACUUACCAGCAUAGAUACAAGAUGCAAAAGCACAUAAUAGCGCUCCAAAAAGCGAAACUUGAAGAACAAAACAGGCUGAUUGACGAGUUGAAAUACAACAAGAUCGUUGAAGCGUCGAAACAGUCGGUGGACGAGAUGAAAGAGGAGGUGCGCAGAACCUACUAUGAGUUAGAUCGGCAUCUGAAGCCGAAAAUCAAACUGUUGUCCAACGAACUCAAGAUCCCGGAGAUAGAAGAGCCAUCUCUCGUGCUUCAUUGUUUGAAGGUGCCUCAGUUUUUGCAGAGAAUGGAGAAAAGAGCCCGUGAAAGGGAAGAGAAACAUGCGUUGAUUCGGGAAAGAAGAAAGCAAAUGGAGGAAGAACGCAUCCGAAUGAAACAACAGGCGGAGUUAGCAAAACUGGAAAUGGACAAAGAGGAAAAAAUGAAAAGAAUAAAAGAGCUCAGAGAAAAAAGGAAGAAAGAAAGGAUGGAAGCUAUAAGGAAGAAGCAAUACGCAGACAGAAUGCGAUCCUUAACAGUAAUGGCGGACUUGCAUUACGAGAGAGUUCUAAUGGCCAAGUACUGUAUACGACCCCUGAAGAUGUUGAUAGUGUUGAAACGAGACAACAUAGAGAAAGCCAAAGCACAUUACAAAUUCCAGCUGAAGAAAAACACGUUUUUGCACUGGAUGUUCUACACUGAAGACAUGUGGAUUGAGAGGAAUUAUAAAGCAGAGAAUUUCCACAGGAAAAAGAUUUUGAGGAAGACGUUUGACGCACUUAAAAAGAAUCAUCAUGAAUACGUUUUAAGAAGACAAGUGGCUGAAGACUACUAUGAUCUGUAUGUGACUAAUUUAGUAUUUAGAAAGCUACAUGAAAACGUAGCCAUUUUGAAGAAAGAACAUGAAGUUAAAAUGCAAAAGGCCAUGCUGUACUACAACAGAAAUCUUCAAUUCAAAAUAAUAACCUGCUGGAGAACACUGCCCGCUCUGAACGCGUUGAAGAGAGAGCAGGAAGCGAGAAAAGCGAAAUGGAGAGAGAAGGUGUUGCAAGUCGUCCCGGACUACAUGCCUCCGGACGAAUGAAAUAUCAGACAGAGUACUUCGGUAUUAAAGAUGUCCUACAAUAAUUCUGUUACUACCCACCAAACGGCGAUGUACAGUGAGCUGCAGAAUCGCAUGGAGAAAUUAUGAAAGAAGUGAAUGAUAAAUUCGCCAUGUAAUUUUGUAGCUCACUGUACACGUAGGUACCUACAGCCCAUAUUCGGCUUUGCUGCUACAAUUUUUAGAUGAUAACGAGAGUUAAAUGUAUUUUAGUUUCUUUUAAAAAUAUUUCAUAAAUAAUUAUAAAUAAGCAAUAACUAGAUUAAUU